AUGCCUGGUGUGGUGGUCGCUGGAGAUGGUACCAGUGGAACUAGUGCUUCGCAGUUAAAUGUACCACUAGGAGUGUUUGUCAAUGAAGCGGGAACCUUGUAUAUUGUAGAUAGCUCAAAUCAUCGGAUCCAAAAAUGGAAUAAUGGAGCUUCCUCUGGUGUAACAGUAGCAGGCACUGGAGUUAGUGGUAAUAGUUUAUCUGAGCUAUCGUAUCCGACAGGAAUUGUUGUUGACUCAAAUGGAUACAUGUAUAUAGUGGAUUAUGCAAACAGUCGAAUUCUUCGAUGGCCACCAAAUUCGAAUUCUGGUGAAUGUAUUGCGGCUUGUACUGGUGUUUCCGGAAAUGGAAUUGAUACGCUGAAUUAUGCGACUGCAUUGGCAUUUGAUAGCUAUGGAUCUCUUUUUAUUAGCGAUGGAAACAAUCAUCGAGUACAGAAAUUUCAGAUACUUAGUGGUUUUGAUGAAACUUCAACAACAACGAUAACAACAACAGCGAUAACAGCAACAGAUCACACAACAUCAUUGCAAACUUCGUCGAAGUCAAGUAGUACACAUUCAUCAACAAUUGCAAUAUCAAUUGCUUUAUUGCUUUGGUUUCUUAAUGAUUGGAACUUGAGCGAUUUUGUCUUUCGCCUUCCUAUUAUACAAUGA